CGCGUCCUCGUUUCGGCUCUUGGAACUGUGGCCCACGAGAGGAGCGACUUCGGGAGCGAGCUUCUGCCUGCGACCCCCAGUUUUCAGGCUUGCGCCCAGCUGUUGGGUCGCUAUGCUUCCUCGAGAGCGCGCGGGACGCCGCUUCUGAGGCUAGGGGCGGCGGGCCAAAGGCUAGCUGCGUGGGGAAGUUGGAAGGUUGGGUUCUUCCUGCUCUGGUGACGUUCUCGGGCAGCCAUGGUCUAGGCCUGCGGAGAAACCUAGUGGCUUUGCUGUCUAGUUUGCGGUUCCGCUUCUCUGCGUGGCGGGCGAGAUUCCUGGUUGUUCUCGAAGAACAUGGUUACCUGCGGCCAAUGUGCGGGGUGGGUGUUUGGGGAGGGUGCUGCCCUGCAUCGGAAACUCAGUCCUGUUGGCCGGAGAGGGCGGUGAGUCCCCUCGGGCUUUCUCACCUUGUGCCUUUGCGCCAGGGAGGGAGCAUUAACGACACAAGACCCUUCAGUAGUAUCUGCUUUCUUUUCAUUCGAAACAAGUUCUUCCAUAAGCGCAAUUCAUGUGCGUCACCUCUGUGUACUCCGGAAGGGGAGUCUCUCCUGUGUAGAAGAGAAUGUUAGAAGUCUUAAGAACUCAGGACAAGCAGCAGAAAUACAUUCAACAUGGUGACUGACUUGCUAAGCUAUGAGGAGCCAUUGCUAGAAUAGAUGGGAGCCUUGAGAGGGGCUUGAGGACCAAAGAAGAGGCAGAAUUCUGUGAGGCAGCUUGAACUAUCUUCUCUGAGGAGAUGGGAAGGGAACUAUGACCAUCACUGAUUCAGGACCUAUUCUGAAGAACUGUUUGGAGACACUGGAAGAGAUAUCAAAGAUAAGUGAUCCAAGGAAGGGUAAUUCUGGAACCUUAAGGACUCUGCAAUAUGAAUAAUUCUCUGGAGAACACCAUUUCCUUUGAAGAAUACAUCCGAGUGAAGGCACGGUCUGUCCCACAACACAGGAUGAAGGAAUUUCUAGACUCAUUGGCCUCUAAGGGUCCAGAAGCUCUUCAGGAAUUCCAGCAGACAGCCACCACUACCAUGGUGUACCAACAGGGUGGGAACUGCAUUUACACAGACAGCACUGAAGUGGCUGGGUCUUUGCUUGAACUUGCUUGUCCAGUCACUACCAGUGUUCAGCCACAGACCCAGCAAGAACAGCAGAUCCAGGUUCAGCAGCCACAGCAGGUUCAGGUACAGGUGCAGGUGCAGCAGUCCCCACAGCAGGUCUCGGCUCAGCAGCUCUCCCCACAGCUCACCGUUCACCAGCCUGCCGAACAACCCAUUCAGGUUCAGGUGCAGAUCCAAGGACAGGCACCGCAGUCAGCAGCCCCUUCCAUCCAGACCCCAUCUCUGCAGAGCCCCAAUCCUUCACAGCUGCAAGCAGCCCAGAUCCAGGUGCAGCAUGUGCAGGCGGCUCAGCAGAUCCAAGCGGCUGAAAUUCCAGAGGAGCACAUCCCACAUCAGCAAAUUCAGGCUCAGCUGGUUGCUGGCCAGUCUCUUGCUGGGGGUCAGCAGAUCCAAAUCCAGACUGUGGGUGCCCUUUCCCCACCACCAUCCCAGCAGGGCUCACCUCGGGAAGGGGAGCGCCGGGUUGGUACGGCCAGUGUCCUCCAGCCAGUGAAGAAGCGCAAAGUGGACAUGCCCAUCACUGUGUCCUACGCCAUCUCAGGGCAGCCUGUGGCCACCGUGUUGGCUAUUCCACAGGGCCAGCAACAGAGUUAUGUGUCUUUGAGGCCAGACUUGCUGACAGUAGACAGUGCCCACCUGUACAGUGCCACUGGGACCAUUACUAGCCCUACAGGAGAAACUUGGACCAUCCCUGUUUAUUCUGCCCAGCCCCGGGGGGACCCUCAGCAGCAGAGCAUUACCCACAUUGCCAUUCCCCAGGAGGCCUACAACGCAGUUCACGUCAGUGGCUCACCUACAGCCCUGACAGCUGUAAAGCUGGAGGAUGACAAGGAGAAGAUGGUGGGCACCACAUCUGUAGUGAAAAACUCCCAUGAAGAGGUAGUGCAGACCCUUGCAAACUCGCUCUUUCCAGCACAGUUCAUGAAUGGCAACAUCCACAUUCCAGUCGCUGUGCAGGCUGUGGCAGGCACAUACCAGAAUACGGCUCAGACUGUCCAUAUAUGGGAUCCCCAGCAACAGCCACAACAGCAGACUCCCCAAGAACAGACGCCGCCACCACCACAGCAGCAGCAGCUCCAGGUUACUUGUUCAGCUCAGACUGUCCAAGUUGCUGAAGUUGAACCACAGUCACAGCCACAGCCUUCCCCAGAACUUCUGCUUCCAAAUUCUUUGAAGCCAGAAGAAGGGCUUGAAGUAUGGAAAAACUGGGCCCAGACUAAGAAUGCUGAACUAGAGAAGGAUGCUCAGAACAGAUUGGCACCCAUUGGGAGGCGCCAACUGCUGCGAUUCCAAGAAGAUCUCAUCUCCUCUGCUGUGGCUGAGUUGAAUUAUGGGCUGUGUCUAAUGACCCGGGAAGCUCGAAAUGGAGAAGGUGAACCCUAUGACCCUGACGUGCUCUACUAUAUUUUCCUGUGUAUUCAGAAGUACCUCUUUGAAAAUGGAAGGGUAGAUGACAUUUUCUCUGAUCUUUACUAUGUUCGAUUCACGGAGUGGCUUCAUGAAGUUUUGAAGGAUGUUCAGCCGCGGGUCACUCCACUUGGCUACGUUCUGCCCAGCCACGUGACUGAGGAGAUGCUGUGGGAGUGCAAACAGCUUGGGGCGCACUCCCCCUCUACCCUGCUGACUACCCUCAUGUUCUUUAAUACCAAGUACUUCCUGUUGAAGACAGUGGACCAGCACGUGAAACUGGCAUUCUCCAAGGUCUUACGACAGACAAAGAAGAACCCCUCUAAUCCCAAGGAUAAAAGCACGAGUAUCCGGUACCUGAAGGCCCUUGGAAUACACCAGACUGGCCAGAAAGUUACAGAUGACAUGUACGCAGAACAGACAGAAAAUCCAGAGAAUCCACUGCGGUGUCCCAUCAAGCUCUACGAUUUCUACCUCUUCAAAUGUCCCCAGAGUGUGAAAGGCCGGAAUGACACCUUUUAUCUGACACCUGAGCCAGUAGUGGCCCCAAACAGCCCAAUCUGGUACUCAGUCCAGCCUAUCAGCAGAGAGCAGAUGGGACAAAUGCUGACCCGGAUCCUGGUGAUACGAGAAAUUCAGGAGGCCAUUGCCGUGGCCAAUGCGAGCACCAUGCACUGAGAUUCCUCAACCAUGGUACAAGAGAAACCAGCCAGGAAAACCAGAAAGACUUUCACACUAAAGAAGAGGCCUCCAUUUUUUUUUUCUUUUUUUAUUGGUGUAGUUAUAAAGCCUUUCAGGCUACUUCUGUUUAAAAUGUAAAAGAAAACUUUGCCCCCUUUGCAUCUUCAUAGACCUGCAGCAGACUCCUUGGCCUAUGGGGGCUUGAGGUUUCCUGAGAGCCAGAUGUCCUAGAAAGUUGCUGGCUGACUUUUUUAUCUGGGCCGGAGGAAAGGACUUGGACUGAUAGGAAAAAUGUGGCCCCUUCCCUUCCUCAUGAUGGAACUAAUGAUGGACCGACCUCCAGGGAGUCUUCCCAGCUGGCUGCCACUCUGGACUGGUGCACAUCACUGACCACAGAGGAACCAUGUUUUCUUCAUGUUCAGACAUAAACCUAGCAUCUAAUGGAAGAAAAGUGAGGGGAAAUUCAAUUAUGAUUUAUUAAAGACAAUUUCUAUUACACCCUCCUUUGACAAAUGACAUUUUAGAUGUUAAAGUAAAAACUACCAUGCUUUUUUUGGCCUAACAUUGAGGCCUUAAACCUGAGGCUCCUGUGCCUGAUGGAAUUCUUGUAACAUACACUUGUGUAUCAUAUAAAGAUACCAAUCUGUUUCUCU